AGUCCACGAAAUAGGAACUAUAGCGAGCGGAACAACUUAAUGGAGGGAAAUUUAAAAAGGGCGGACUGCUCGUCUGUUGUUGACAACUGGUGAAAGAAAUACGUCAACUUUGAGAGAGAAGGCAAAGAGUGUUACUUGUACAUAACUAAAACAUUUCUUUUCGUCGUUGCAAAAUGGAAACACAUUACGACGAGAUUUUAGACACACCUUCCAAAAACAGUUACAUUGGGAGCUACUACCGGCCUCCAGACAGGAUUUCAUUAGUACCAAAACAUCUGGCGUCUCCUCUUGUUUCACCUCUCAACAUGGACCAGACCACCAGCAGUCUGUCUCGGACCACACAUAGCAUAGACAACAAAGCCGUUGUAGAUGCACUGAGGACCCUCCAGGAAAAAAUCAGGAGGCUGGAACUGGAGCGGAGACAAGCAGAGAGGAGUUACACUCAGUUCUUUCAGGAUGCUCGUAAGCGUCAGCAGGACUUCACAUCACAGAGUCGGACUGAAGCCACCCUGCCUGGGACAGCGGUGGACCAGAAGCUGCAGUCUGCAGAAGCUCGCUGCAAAGUUCUUGAGAAGCAGCUGGAAUACAUGAAGAAAAUGGUCGCAAAUGUCAAGAAGGAGAGAAACGUUCUGAUGGAAAAUGAGGCUUCACUGCAGAAGCAACAGCUGAGCAGCCCAAACAACCAAUAUCAGCAGGAGAAGCUGGAGAAACUCGAAUCGCAGUAUCUCAAAUUAAGUAAAACCCAAACACUCGCAGAGAUGAAGCUUUCUAUCCUGGAGCAGAAGCUGCUGAAUGAAGAGCAUGAACGUAAACUUGUGCAGGAGAAAGCAGAUGAGCUGCAGAGGGAGUUGGAUGUAAACCUUCGUUUGUCUGUUCCACCUACUGAAGAAACGAGGCUGAAGAAGAAAACCAAAAAGACAAACAAGAAAACACCAAAACAGAAUGAGCUGGCAGCAAACAGCCUGGGGCUCAAAAAGAUGCCUUUUGUUAUAGGAACAUCGACAAGCCCGAGCCAUUCAGUGCAUGCCAAUGUUCAGAGCAUCCUCCACAUGAUGAAGCACCACCAGCCUCAGCUGUGUGAGCGAGUGAGCGCCCUGCAGAGGUUUGGAUGCAGCGUCAAGAAAAACCUUCACACAGAUUUCUCUAAUAGAGUCUCAAAGCCUGACAGUCCGCCUGCAGAUCAGUCACUGACUUUACUGUCCGACCUGCUGCUGACCCUGCAGGAUGAGCUCGGACAGAUGAGCUUUGACUAUCAGGAAUUGGAGCGUCAGAUCGAAGCAACUGAAGAACCGGAGCAGCGAGAGGACCUGCAGAGAGAACUGGAAAGACUCGCUUCCAAGAUGGAGGAGAAGGGAGCCCAGAUCACCAAACUCCGCAAACAUCAGCAGAUGGUUCAUAAGCUGUCCCGGCAACGUUCGGAGGAACCCACGGUCAGGAAGACGUCUGGGAUCAAGCUGCCUGUUCCCUCACCUGUUCAAGACAAACAGAAAGCGGGAAGAAAAGGCAUUGUGGGUCAGAACAACCUGCAGCUCCUCAGAGAGACCCAGAAGUUCAGAAACAGCCUAAAGCAAGAUGACCUGUCCUGGGAAACAUGAGUCUCUUUCUUUGUCCUGCUUUUGAUACUUCAGCUUAGUGGAAGACAGAGCUUUCUUGUUGUCCCUAUCAGAGACCUGUAUCUGUAAAGAAAUGCUUUACGGCAGACUUAAUAUAUUAUUAUAACACCAACAAUAGUCUGCAGUUCUGAAUGUCUCUCACCUCAAAUAGAAAUGAGUUAGAUUAUGUUUUAAUGAUCACUAUAUUUUAAUAAAGCUUAUUUGUGAAUAGUUUCUAAUGAUUUGUUCAUAUUUUAAAUUCACACAUUGACUUUUUUUUUCAGAACUUCAUAGCAGGCACCACUAGAGGGCAGUCCUGCAGGACAAAUUUGAAAAUUUUCUUUUUUUCUUUUGCUUUAAAAUCAUGCAGUUGCAUGAUAUAAUAUAGAAAUUGUUCUGUGCAGAUUUUUAUUAAGUAGUUAUUUUUAUUUAUCAGUGAAAAGCUUUAAAAUAUUUUGGUAAUCAGGAAACUGUGACCACAGUUGUUUUUUAACUUAAGCAGGAAGAAUUGGUUUUUAACCUCAGUCUUCUUUUACUUUGAAUGUGAAAAAGCCGUCAGCUCCUGGUUUUAUGCUGGCCGCGUGAUUUUUUUUUUUUUCCUCUCACGUUUCUGACUGCUUUACAGACUGAUCAGUCGCCAUUUAUGGGCUGAAGAACUACAUGUACAACUCUCUCAUAACAUUUCCAGAUUUAUCUCUUUGUUUAAUGUGUCAUCAGGUUUCCAAUUCGACCCUGCUAUUACUGUACAGCAAGGAAAGGGAUUUCUGCUUGUUGUGCAGCUGACAUUUACUGGUCCUGGUAUUCUUGGCUUGAUUAGGAGUUGAUUGCAUGACCAACAGAGACUGAACAUAAUCCAUUGUUUUUCUAUAUUGGAUUACAGAGCGUGGCUGGAGACGACAAUCAGGUUAGUGGAGUCAAGAUCCCUGCUUGCCCUCGUAUCCAGCGUCCAUUCUUCUCCUGACCACGCAACUUUGAUACCUUGUGACUGAACUUCCAAGUUUUUGUCUGAAUGGCAGUGGUGUGUUUUGACAAAACAAAAAUCCACAGCAUUUUGCUGAAAGUGUGUUUUCAGUACUAACAGGAGCAAAUGAGUCUUAAAAUGAUAUAAAUCAAGGGAGCUUUUUAAAUAAAGUUGGAACAUCUUUCCACA